UGCAAUUACUAAUCUUUUCUUAAAUUAUAUAUGCAAAAUUUGUACUGCAGAUUUGCAGUGAAUACGUUUUCAAUGGCCUGCAGGCGCAAGGCCGCAGCAUCCGAUUGCAGGUGGCUAGCGCAAGGGGCCAGUGGCCUCCUGCAAAAUAAAAGCAAACCCAUUAAGAAAGAUAUUCCCAUGUCCUGUGCCUGUGGGAGGGUUCAGCUCAACCGUACUCUUAGGAUCUUUGUAUUUUAUUGAGAUUUUAGCUCAACACAUUCCCAUGUCCCAGUGACCUCCUGCAAAGGGCCAGUGGCCUCCUGCAAAUAUGCACAUAGGGGGCGUGUAUUAUCGGUGUUGUUUGUCCACAAAUAGGCCCAAGUUCCUUAAAGGCCACCGUGCACCAUAGUCCUCUAUAUUGGCGUUUCCUAUUAGGCCAUCGGGCACCCAUGUGUGUUCUGGUCAAACUCUGCUCUGCUAUCUCUGUUUUCUGUAAGACAAUGUCUCUUUUAUCUAGAAAUUUAUAAUUUAUAAUUUUAGAAAAUAAAAACAAGGCACUAAAAACAAUGUUGGUAAUAAGCCAACAAACGACCAUUAAAUACAACAGGUUCUAUCUCGAAUCCAUCAGCCCCAACUCCCAACAAAUUCAUUUUCUUUGAUUUCAUUUCUCAGAAUUUGGGUGAAUUAGGAAAAAUCAUUUGGGGUUUAGAGUUUUAAAGUUUCAAACAUGGAAGAUGAGGGAAUCAGAAUCAAAAGAUGGAAGGAUUUAGAGACGGACUGUUUGACUCGUGUGCUUUCCAGAGUUGGAAUGGAGUCUUUGCUCCUGACAGUUCCUUUCGUCUGCAAAUCAUGUUUGUAGUCAAUCGUAGCAAUGGAUUAGCUAUUCAACUUAAGCUACCAGAAUUCUGUACCAAAGAAGGAUUGAUGUUUGUUUCGGACGCAUGCCCUCUUCUUAAGAAUGUAUGGUUACCAGAUGAUUUGGUGAUUUUCAAGACUUCUCACAUUGUUUCACAGUUGAUUAGGAAGUGGAAAUUUUUGGAGAGCUUGAUUUUGGGGUUUGGGAUGUUGAACAUCAUGGACCAGUAUGAAAUGGAUGGUAGACCUAAGUUUUUGAGUGAACAUUUCAAUAAGUUAUUGACAAUGAAAGAUUUCUUCUCCCCUAAUGCUUUGGAUGCAAUUUUAGUCCAGAUUGGCACUCAUUGCAAGCAUUUUACGGAUUUAAUGGUUUAUCAUACUAGUCUUGGUGAAGUUGAGGCCUCAAGGAUUGUGAAGUGUCAUUGUCGAAUUAAUCGGGACAGUGUUGUUACUGUACUGAGGGGGUGCAAAGAGCUUGUACUUUUUAUUGCCAAUCAAUGUGAAGGCUUUGAAGGGAGUGAUGAAGAAAUAUCAAAAUUUGGUUCUCAGAUUAUGAACUUUUCGUGCCAGGAUUGUGUAGGCGGUGAUUUGUUAUUGACUUUUUUCAAACUUACUAAUGUACAUAGGAGGUUAGUUUCCAUGAUGUUCUUAAUGUACAUGGGAAGUUAGUUUCGUGCAGGGUUAGUUUUGGGACGAGAAAAGCACCUUUCAAUCAUUUUGACUAUCAUCAAGAUGGCGUGUUUGCUUGUUGGUCUCAACUCUCAAGUCUAGAUAGGCCUAACUGUAUGAUCUAUAUCUUGAGAGCCUUUGUCACUUGAUAUAUGUAGCCAUGUUAUAUAUUUUCAUCUUAUUAUAUGUCUAGAUAUGAGAGAGCUUGCUGCUUAUAUCACAAUGUUAUGCUUAUUUGUUUUUUUAAAUCUAAAUACAAAUGUUAUGAG